AUUAAAAAAAUUUUGUAACUUUUGACGUAGAUCUACUGUCACAGUAAAGUCCACUUCUAGAUGAUUCGAAUACGCAAGUUACGUAUGCACUCAAAGGAGCUGGAAGUUUCAUGGAAUGGGAACUGUUAUUAAUAGUGGAGAAAAAGAGGAAACCUUAGAGGAGACAAAUACAACUCUUACUGCUAAGGUUGUCAUAUGGUGCAAUAUGAGGAAAGUGACAUCAGAUUCGGUGCUGUGUUAUGUCUUGGUUUGUCUGUUUGGUGUUGGUUCCUGGAUAGCUGUAAAUGGACUAUGGUCUGAGUUACCCCUCCUUGUUGAAGUGCUGCCUGAGAAAUGGCACCUUCCAUCAUACCUUACUGUCAUCAUACAAUGUGCCAAUAUUGGACCACUGUUCUACACUGUUGCGAAUCAUUGCAGUAAAGGCCGUUUGAAAGAGCCACCAUUUGUGUACCUUCUGGUGCUAAUUGGUUGUGUGUCCUGUGUACUGAGUGCCAUAUUGUGGAGGAAUACAGUGUACAUCCUAGGAGCAAACAGGAGCGUUCCACUUAUUUGUUUAACUUUUUUCUUAUCACUUGUGGACUGUACAUCAUCGGUUGUGUUUUUACCAUAUAUGGCAUCAUUCCCUGUAAAGUAUAUGACUGGAUUUUAUAUUGGAGAAGGCCUCAGUGGAUUGCUGCCAAGCCUUGUUGCAUUGAUACAAGGCCUAGGAGGAGAGACUGUGUGUGUUAAUACAACUAUCACAAACCAUACUCACUUGCCUAAUGGCACAUGGUACAACUAUACUGAAUAUAUACUCCAACCUAAGGUGUCACAACCAUUGUUUCCAGUUAGUGACUUUUUCAUAUUUCUAUCCUUCAUGAUGCUCAUAUGUGGUACUUCAUUCACUCUGCUGAAUGUAUUGCCUCAAUGUAGGCGCUUGAAAGUGCUUCCAAAUGAACCGUCCUUGCCUGACAUUCCAAAUGGAGAUGGAUAUGACAGUGAUAGCAGCAGACCACUGUUGGCGCAUAAAAAACCUAAUGUUGUGUUUGGACCUAGACUCAGUAAACAUGUGAUUGUUUUAGUGCUUGGUCUAACAUGUUGGAUCAAUGCACUUAGCAAUGGCUUCCUCCCAGCUAUACAAUCAUACUAUACACUACCAUAUGCAGGUGCAGCCUACCACCUCGCCAUCAACCUAUCUAGUAUCGCAAACCCACUAGUUUGUUUCCUGGCAUUAUUUUUCCCAACAUACAAGUGGCGUAACCUGGUAGUGAUGGUAGUACUUAUAACAACUGGAGCCUCUUAUUUCACUGUGACAGCCGCAUUGAGUCCCUACCCCCCACUUGCAGGGACCACCACUGGACAAGUCAUUAUUGUUCUUUGCUCCAUCACAAUGACAGCAUUGGUCUCGUACUCAAAAGUGACAAUAGCAUCAAUGUUGCGGGGAGAGGGACGUCAAGCCCUUAUAUGGUGUGGUGCAAUGACUCAGAUAGGAUCUACUCUUGGUGCAAUAUCAGGCUUUACUCUCGUCAAUAUCUUUUCACUUUUUCACUCAGCACCAUCUUCAUGUUAAUGACUUGGUGGUAAUUUAACCUUUAGAUGCAAACCCAUAUUUUUCUAUGCACACACUGUAUUCUAUUUGUCAACUUAGCGUUUUAAAUUAUGAGACAGCUUUUUAAAUAACUGAUGACAGCAUUACUGUAGUUUCUUGCUAAUAGGCCAUCUGGGGGUUUAUUUGAAAGUCCUUGAAAUUAAUGCCAAUAGGCAUUUAUAAAGAGGGAAAAAUUGUUUUUCCAAGGGGGUGAGCAGUUACAAAGAGGGGAACAAUUGCUUUUCCGAGUCAGUAGACGUUUAAUUCAAGAGAUAUUCUGAUUGUUGACAUAUGGUUUUCUUAACUCACCCAUUUAGUAUCAAGGAAUAAUUAUUUGUUUAUUUGUUUGCCACUGCUGCUCAUAUUCACUAACCAUAUUGCUGCUCUCAAUGAAAGGAGACACAGAGGAUGAACUAGCAAUAUGAUAUAAGCUGUGCUAGCAAGCAAUUAAAUAUGACACUGUUUUUAAGCAAUGGUAAUGCAUAAGAAUCUUUUUGUUCAAUGUUCUGGGCGUUUAUUUAGGGGCCCUUGAAAAGAAUGGCCAUGGGUCUUCAAAAAGAGGGAAAACAACUUUUUCGUACACCCCUCUUUCAAAUAAACACCCAUGGGCCUAUUAGCGAGAAGGUUUUUAUUUUCCCAGCACCUGGAACUGUCAGUAAUUUUUGAAUUAGAGCUGUAAAGCGCCUGAAAUGUCAGAGAAUAUUGUAUCAGAGCUGAGUGUAAAGUAAAACUUUAUAAAAAAGCCUGUUUUUAAAUCUAUCAAUGAGACACAUGAACAUUACAAGCUGAUGAACACA